AUGUUGAAGCGCCAGUUAAUGAACCUUCUGCUCGUGCUGUCCCUGCUGCACACCAUAACGCACAUACAGAUGACCAAAGGAGACGAGGUCAAGUACGUAAAGCCACAGGACCUGAACAACGACGCGUCCGGAUUUUUCGGGUUCAAAUGUAACUUCUCAAGUAAAGGGGUUCACAAUAUAGAACCCAUUUUAACAGAAAAAAGGUCCCUCGUAUGUAGCAUCAAUUCCUACUUCAUCUAUGACAAAAUAAAAUUAACCAUCCCGAAGAAGAAGCCUGGAUCUAAUUUUAAAAUGCUACCAGAAAAUUGCUUCCAAACGGUGUAUACAAAUUAUGAAAAACAGACAGAGGAAAAAAUUGAAAACAUGGGUUUGGUUGAAUACGACAUCAAAGAAGAUGAUUCUAAUGCAGAAUACACAGAAAAAAUUCUCACAAUAUCUCCCUUCAAUACAAAGGAUGUUGAAUUCUACUGCAUUUGCGACAACUCCGAGAAAAUAAUAUCAAAUGUGAAAGGAAGAGUUGCUUUGGUUCAAGUGAACGUAUUAAAAUAUCCUCACAAAAUUACCUCCAUCAACUUAACAAAUGAAGCAUAUCCUUACUUGCCUAACCAGUUGAAUAAAAACUCCUUCACAUCAAAUAAAUUGGACUUAGAACUUCAAGAAGGAGAAUUAGUUGUGCUAGCUUGCGAACAAGUGGAUGAUAAAUGUUUCAAAAAGGGAAAAGACGAAUCUGCCCUUACGCUAUAUAAGAGCAACAAAAUUGUGUACCACAAAAAUCUUGCCAUAUUUAAAGCACCCGUAUAUGUAAAGUCUGUGGACACUAGCGCAGAGUGCUCCUGCAAAUUGCCAGAAACGACCUAUACUGUAUCGUUGAAACCAUUAUUUAUGAACAAACUCAUUCAUGGUUGUAAUUUCUCCUCUGAUCUUUCUACUCACACAUUUACAAAUAAUAUCGAUAUGGCUGAACUUGGAGAAAGCACUCAAAUUUCCUGCCACAUAGACCUUACGGACACUUCAUAUAAUCACCUGAUAGGUAUGAGUUGUCCUGGAGAAAUUUCACCAGAGUGCUUUUUCCAAGUGUACCAACGAGAAUCCCCUGAAUUAGAACCUUCCAAAAUGGUCUACCUAGAUGCUCAACUAAAUAUUGGAAAUGUAGAAUAUUAUCAAGAAGUCAACGACGGCAAUACGGUUAAGAUUUUUGCCCUCGUCGGAAGUAUCCCCAAAACGACCUCCUUCACUUGCAUUUGCCGAAAGGGAAAUAAAAUUGGUUACAUGUCUGUGAAAGUUGCCGCUGGGUACUGUGGCUUCCUCGCCAAAAUUUUUAUCCUCCUCAUUGUUCUGCUCCUCCUGUACGUCUGA